AUGAAUGAUGUUGACUUAACUGUAUGUUCAAUUUGUGACCACAAAGAUAUCGUAUUUCUUGCCAGUUGUUCUACAACAAUUCUUAGAACAGAAGUGAAUCAAUAUAUUAAGGGUUAUGAUAGUACAACAUUCUGUCAACUUGUUGUAUUUGAUAAGUAUAAUGAAUUUAGAUCAGCCGUAAACAUACUUAAUAAUUUGCAUGAUAAUUCACUUUCUUAUCAUGACAUUCUUAGAUCAAAAUGCUCUGCAGAUCGUAUUUUUGCCUUCUAUUUUAUAGUUGCAGAGGCAAAUAGCUUCUCUGCAUAUUAUAGAUUUGUUCCAGAAAAGAGAAAUAUGAAACAC